AUGCCGUCUGCCAUUUCUCACGGAGGAGUUCGCAUUGCGAUAGAUAGAGGAGGUACUUUCUGUGACUUCUGGGCGCGCAUUCCGGAUCAUGAAGAAGAUCUUGUCUUCAAGCUGCUGUCAGUUUGUCCGGAUGAAUACGACGAUGCACCCACAGAGGGAAUCCGGCGCAUCCUGGAAGUAGCGACAGGAUCGUGUAUCGAAAAGGGGACACAGCUGGAUCUCAACCCAGUUGAGAGCAUCCGCAUGGGGACUACUGUUGCAACCAACGCACUUCUUGAGCGCAAGGGAGAAAGAGUCGCCUUGCUAAUCACCAAAGGCUUCGGCGAUCUUCUCAUCAUCGGAAAUCAGGCACGACCACGGCUGUUCGACUUGACUGUUAAGAAACUUGAUCGUUUGUACGAGAAGGUAGUAGAGGUUGAUGAGAGAAUCACCGUUGAAGGUUCAUCGGAAGACCCGGACUCUCCUACUCUUGACAUCGAUUCGGAUCCCAACCUUUUUUACGGAAUCAACGGGGAGGUACUCAGACGCAUCAGGAAGCCGAAUGUCGAAGUCAUCAGAAAGGACCUUAGGGCUCUGUGGGAUGAAGGCUACCGUAGUCUGGCAAUUGCUCUGAUGCAUUCUUACAACUUUCCGGACCAUGAAGCUCAGAUUGGGACCAUUGCCCGAGAGAUGGGUUUCAAGGUCUCGCUUUCUUCUCAACUUCAGGCCAUGAUCAACAUCGUGCCUCGAGCCCAAUCUGCCACAGCCGAUGCGUACUUAUCACCGGUCACCGAAAGUUACCUCGACAGCUUUAGGAAAGGCUUCAAAGGAGAGCUGGCGAAUGAGGAGGGCAACAAGCUUCUCCUCUCUCAGUCGCACGGCGGCCUUGUCAAGUUCAGCGACUUCACUGGUCUUCGUGCCAUUCUUUCAGGCCCCGCCGGGGGCGUAAUCGGGUACUCAAAGACCUGUUACGAUCCCGACGAAGGCACUCCAGUUUUGGGUUUCGAUAUGGGUGGCACAAGUACCGACGUAUCCCGAUACGGCGGAACUCUUGAACAUGUUUUUGAGAGCACAGUUGCUGAAGUUCCCAUUCAGUGUCCCCAAUUAGACGUCAACACCGUUGCUGCCGGUGGUGGCUCCAUUUUGGCAUGGUCCGGAGGCCUUUUCAAAGUGGGACCGGACUCAGCCGGCGCUUUUCCGGGUCCGGCUUGCUACGGUAACGGUGGCCCGCUGACGAUUUCGGACGCAAACUGCUUUCUCGGCCGCAUCCUGCCGGAAUACUUUCCUCGGAAGCUGCACGUCGACACCGUCCGCGAGAAGUUCCUCGCGUUGACAGAACGGGUGAAUAAAGACAAGCAUGGCAACGACCAGCUUACACCUGAAGAGGUGGCGAUGGGCUUCAUUCAGGUCGCCAAUGCCACAAUGUCUAGACCGAUUCGGACUUUGAGCGAAGGCAGGGGUUUUGAAGCUUCCGCUCAUAACCUGGCGUGUUUCGGUGGUGCAGGAGGACAGCACGCCGUUGCCAUUGCCCGAGAUCUUGGCAUUCGUCGUGUGCUCAUCCAUCGGCUUUCCAGUAUCUUGUCUGCAUUCGGCAUGGCGCUUGCUGAUAUCGUGGUGGAACGCCAAGAGCCAGAGGCUGUCAAGUAUGGCCCUGCUGCCCGAGACCGUCUCGCCCGGCGGUUUGAUACAGUCUCCGCCCAGGGUACGAAAGACUUGGGGAACCAGGGCAUUCCCUCUCACCAAGUUUCUCAUGAGAAGUUUCUGAACAUGAGGUACGAAGGUAGCGACACAGCUCUUAUGAUUCCUGAGCCUGAGGACGGCAAAUUUGCUGCGGCUUUCAUCUCCCGUCACCACCGAGAAUUCGGCUUCAGCCAAGAGAGGGAUAUCAUGGUAGAUGAUGUUCGCGUUCGCAGCGUCGGCAAAGCGAUGGAGCUUCCCAUCUCCAGUCCAUUUGAGCAAAUGAUCGGGGCAGAAAAUUUCGCUUGCGCUAGUGCCGCUUCUGGAAAAACUCAGAGGAUUUACUUUGAGAAAGGAGGCUGGGUCAACGCUCCCGUCUUUCGCAUUGGCAGCCUUCCGAGGCGGAGCAAAGUGCAAGGCCCUGCCGUGAUCUUUGAUGAGACUCAGACCAUUAUUCUUGACGAGGAUAGCCAGGCCGUGGUUUUGGACGAACAUCUCGUCAUCGAUCUGAUGGGUCGAACGCUGCAGAAGACCUCCAUUUCCACGAACAUCAAGGAGCGACUAGAUUACUCCUGCGCGAUAUUUUCCGCAUCUGGCGGGCUGGUAGCCAAUGCACCUCAUAUUCCUGGUCAUCUGGGCUCAAUGAGUACUGCAAUCAGAUAUCAGGCUCAGAAAUACGGAAAAGAUGGGUUGAAGCCUGGCGAUGUUAUUCUUUCGAACCACCCAUGCGCAGGAGGAACUCAUUUGCCGGACCUCACAGUAAUCACACCUGUGUUUGACAAUAACGAAAAUCCGACAAGAAUCAUGUUCUUUGUGGCAAAUAGAGGCCACCAUGCAGACAUUGGCGGAAUACUGGCUGGCUCAAUGCCACCUAACUCAACCGAGCUUUGGCAGGAAGGUGCAGCCAUUGAGUCUUUCAAGAUGGUUGAUCAGGGUGUUUUUGACGAAGACGGCUUGGUAGAAGAGCUCUACGUUAAACCUGCUCAGUAUCCGGGCUGCAGUGGUACCCGGACGUUGAGAGACAAUAUUGCAGACCUCAAAGCUUCGGUUGCUGCAAACAACAGAGGUAUAUAUCUCAUUCAGGACUUGGUUCAACAAUAUUCUUGGCCUGUGGUGGAGUUUUAUAUGGAGGCCAUUCAGAAAAACGCAGAAGAGAGCGUUCGGGCACUGCUCAAGGAGUUCAGUCACCGUUUCCGUGGAUAUCCCCUCAGAGCGGUGGAUUAUCUCGAUGACGGCACCGCACUGGCGCUGUGUGUGACAAUCAAUGAGAGCGAUGGGUCUGCGAAAUUUGACUUUACGGGGACAGGGCCGGAAGCUUUGAACAACUUGAACACACCGUCUGCUGUGAUGUAUUCCGGUAUUAUUUACUGCUUGCGCUGCAUGAUCUCUUCCGACAUCCCCUUAAACCAAGGAUGCCUAGCGCCGAUAGAGAUCUACUGCCCACCAAAUACUCUCCUUUCACCAAGCCUUAAAGCCGCAACUGUCGGGUCGAAUGUUGAAACAUCACAGCGGAUCGUGGAUCUCAUCUUCAAGGCCUUUCGCGCAGCGGCAGCCAGUCAAGGAACUUGCAACAACCUGACUUUUGGCUACGGCGGUACCCAAAAGGAUGGAAAGAUAACGAAGGGAUUUGGGUAUUACGAAACCAUCGCUGGAGGUGCUGGGGCUGGCCCGUACUGGGAAGGACAAUCCGGAGUGCAUACCAAUGUCACGAAUACCCGAAUCACUGACCCGGAGGUCUUGGAGAAGCGGUAUCCGGUUCUCCUGCGCGAGUUCUCUAUUCGGAAGAACAGUGGAGGGCUUGGGAAGAGACGAGGUGGGGAUGGGUGCGUGCGUGAUAUCGAGUUCCGCAAACUCAUGCAAGUGAGCAUUUUGUCGGAACGAAGAGUCAUUCCGCCGUACGGCAUGGCUGGUGGAGAGGAGGGACGUCGAGGAGUGAACCUUUGGAUCCGAAAAAAUGAGUCAGAUGGUACAGUGAGGACAAUCAGUCUGGGCGGCAAAGCUACUGUCGUGAUGAAUGCUGGAGACCGGAUAAUAAUCCAGACCCCGGGCGGAGGAGGUUACGGGCCGAGCGAAGACUUGGUGCAGGACUUCGUCCCUGAGGAUGAAUCCGCAGCAGGCAAGCCUCGCCUGAACGGCGGCAGCUUCUUUUCGCAUGUCUCACGAGCGAAUGGCAGCGUUGCAAACCGUGAGUCUGCUGCUGCAUCAAACUGA